AUGGAUCCUUCGAACGUAUCCGUGCUAUCGAGCUUCGAAAAGUUCCCCCUCUUACCCAAGGAGAUACAACUUCAGAUAUGGUAUCAUGCACUUCCCAAAGGACAACUCGUCUCUGACCGUGCAAUAGAAUUAUCCUCGCUGCGAAUACCUCAUGUGCUAUACUAUGUGUGUCUCGAAUCUCGGCAGGCAUAUCUCAAAUUCUACAAACAAAUAUACAAUCAUGAUGCGAACUGUCACAACUAUAAGAGGCUGCAAGGAUUACCUCCCCAGUUACCUCCCCAGUUAUUUAACCCAAUGAUUGAUACGAUUUUGUGGGACGUACCAUUUUAUGCGGACUUCCGAUAUAAAUAUUUGCUUCUUAAAGGAUACAAUUGUCCCCACCGGUGCACAAGGGAGAUUACUGUUGAGUAUCGUCACAUCGCCAUUUUGGCCGACCAAAAAUGGUACAGCGAUGCGGCCACGGCUUAUAACGUCAAUAGUCGAGUGAAGGAUGUCAGUUCUAACACUGGGAAACGGAUAUCCAUCUGGGAACAGUUCCUCAAAAUGUACCCAGCGCUUGAAACUCUCAGUUUUGUGGUUGGGUGUGAGAUUGUCGAACAGACGCUUGAGAUGUUUCCGAAGAUGAGGCUGGUAAAGUCAUUGAAGGGAUCCGGAAGAAAGAAUCAAGCAGGCUUGAAGUUGUUGAUGGAGAAUAACUUUGCACCUCGGAUUGCGGAGAUACGUAGCAGUUUCGAAGAAUGGAAAAGAAGACACCCCGAAGCCAACAUACCAAAAAUCGAGAUGGUGUUUCCGGCGGACGAUACAGCGUCAAGCUAG